AUGCCGUGCCGGAGGGAGGAGGAAGAGGAAGCCGGCGAGGAAGCGGAGGGGGAGGCAGAGGAGGAGGAGGACAGCUUCCUCCUGCUGGAGCAGUCGGUGACGCUGGGCGGCUCGGGCGAGGUGGACCUGCUGGUGGCCCAGAUCGGCGAGACGCUGCAGCUGGACGCGGCGCAGGACAGCCCGGCCUCCCCGUGCGCGCCCCCGGGGCCGCCGCUGCAGCCCCCGCGGCCCCCGGCGGCCGUGCGGGCGGACAAGGCCCGGCCCCCGGCGCUGCCACUGCUUCUGCCGCCGGCGCCGGCCGAGCCGGUGGGCCCGGCGCCCCCGGGGGCUCUGCGCUGCGCCCUCGGGGACCGCGGCCGCGUGCGGGGCCGGGCUGCGCCCUACUUCGUGGCCGAGCUCGCCGCAGGCCCCAGCUCGCUGUCCCCACUGGCCCCUCAGCCCGGCUUUGACGGGCCUUCGGGAGCGGACAAGCGGGGCGCCCCGCAGCCGCUGUCGGGCCCGUGCCGGCGAGGUUGGCUGCGGGGCGCCGCCGCCUCCCGCCGCCUGCAACAGCGACGCGGGCCCCAACCCGAAUCCCGCACGGGCGACGACGACCCGCACCGGCUCCUGCAGCAGCUGGUGCUCUCGGGGAACCUCAUCAAGGAGGCGGUGCGGAGUCACCCGGACCUGGCGUAG